AUGAAGAUAAUUGAGUUAAUAAAUACAUUUUAUAUAAUUACUAAAGAUAUAUGUUUAUAUAUAUUGUACUAUCUUGUAAUAUGUUUUAUUUUAAUCGAGGCUAUAUAUUUUUUAAUAUUUCUUAAAACCAGAUAUAAACAAUUCAAGAUUUAUAAAAUUAUCCAAAAUUACAAAAAUACACACAAUAUAUUUUCACAACAAAAUGUUCUAUACAAGUUUAUUGAGUAUAUCCCCAAAGACAAAUCUGAUUGUGAAGAUAAACUUAUACAACCCAAAAAUUAUAUUUUUUACUAUUUAAAGAAAUCUAUAUUUUUCUUACAAAAUUAUAAAUAUUUGCAUUUAAAAAGGAUAUUAAAUUGCCUUUUCGUUAGAAAUAAUAUAAUAGAUAUAAGAACGAUAAAAUACCUGACACAAUCAAAAGUUAUCCAAUUUAAAAAAGACGUAAAUAGUUGUCUACUAGAAGCAUACAAUUCCUUCAAUUAUAAAAAUAAAAAAGAGCUUUUAUAUAUAUAUUUUAAAUUAUAUUCAAAUAUUUGUUUUUUUUUUCAAAGUAAAAAUAUUUUUUUUUUUCAUUUCCUAACAAAUGUUCUUAUAGUUUCUUGGGUCUAUGCACCCUGUUCUCUAUAG